CCAAAAGCGCGCGCGAUUAACAACUUGAGCCCUUUUGGCAAUUGGCAUGUCGUUCGUACUUGACUGCUAGUUAGUUAGUAGUGAUUUUUGACUGGGAUAUAAUAGUGCAAUAUGCAAACGGCAACGAUAGUGUUUAAAACUGAGCCCAAAGAGUUCGGGAUUCCUUCUGGUGCGAUCGUGUCUUCUUCUACUUCGUCAUCGUCGCCGCCAGUUAUAGGACAUAUGAGACCGCCACCACCUCCACCGCCUCCUAAGAUCAAGGUGAUCGACAUCAAGCUGGAGGAGCCGACCAGCUCUAUUCCUGAUCUCGAAUUUGAUGGUACGACGGUAUUGUGUAGGGUGUGUGGAGACAAAGCUUCAGGAUUCCACUAUGGAGUACAUUCAUGUGAAGGGUGCAAGGGUUUCUUUAGACGCAGCAUCCAGCAGAAGAUUCAGUACAGGCCCUGCACCAAGAACCAGCAGUGCUCCAUCCUGAGGAUCAACAGGAACCGCUGCCAGUACUGCAGGCUUAAGAAAUGUAUCGCUGUUGGAAUGAGCAGAGAUGCUGUUAGAUUCGGUCGUGUGCCGAAGAGGGAAAAGGCCAGAAUUUUGGCUGCUAUGCAACAAAGUUCAAACUCACGCUCUUUAGAAAAAGCUAUCGCUGCUGAAUUAGAAGAUGAACAAAGAUUGCUCGAAACUGUCGUCAGAGCCCACAUCGACACCUGUGAUUUCACCAGGGAUAAAGUGGAACCCAUGCUACAGCGAGCAAGGGAUCAUCCUUCGUAUACAGUUUGUCCACCAAGUUUGGCAUGUCCUUUGAACCCCAACCCACAACCUUUAUCGGGUCAACAAGAAUUACUGCAGGACUUCUCCAAGAGAUUCUCCCCAGCAAUCCGUGGUGUGGUGGAGUUCGCCAAGCGCAUACCUGGAUUCACCUUACUGGCUCAAGAUGAUCAAGUUACUUUGCUGAAAGCUGGAGUUUUUGAAGUGUUGUUAGUGCGCCUCGCGUGUAUGUUUGACUCUCAAACCGCCAGUAUGGUGUGUUUAAAUGGACAAGUGCUAAAACGUGACUCAGUUCACAAUAGUUCUAAUGCUCGGUUCUUGAUGGACAGUAUGUUUGAUUUCGCGGAAAGAAUGAACUUUUUAAGAUUAUCCGACGCGGAGAUUGGACUUUUUUGUUCCGUGGUCGUGAUUGCUGCUGAUCGUCCCGGUCUAAGAAACACCGAGUUGAUCGAAAAGAUGCACAACAAACUAAAAGCAUCUCUACAAAUGGUCGUUUCGCAAAACCAUCUCGGACAACCCCAUAUCAUGGAUGAAUUGAUGAAGAAGAUUCCUGAUCUCCGUACGUUAAAUACUCUUCAUUCGGAGAAACUACUUGCCUUCAAAAUGACCGAACAACAUCAGAUCAUACAACAGCAACAGUUCCAUCAUCAUACGUGGAACGGCCAUAUGGAAGAAGAAAGCAACAGCAAAAGCCCUGCAGCCUCUUCGUGGUCAUCUUCAUCUGAUGUAACUAUGGAUGAUGCUAAGUCUCCUCUUGGCUCCGUAUCCAGCACAGAAUCGAUGUGCUCUUCAGAAAUGACAUCAAUCCAUGAAUAUCCUCAUCCAAGUAGUCACCAUAUCAGCUCAAAUGUAACAAACGCACCCUUACUAGCCGCUACUCUGGCAGGUGGCGUUUGUCCGCACAGACAUCGAGCCAACUCUGGCUCAACCUCUUCUGGUGAUGAUGAACUAGCAGCCACAUCACAUUUAAUCCACAACGGAAUUACAAUAACCCCAGUUUCAAGGCCAUCACAUAAUCCUCACCCCAGAUUCAGAAAGCUUGAUUCCCCUAGCGACUCUGGCAUUGAAUCAGGCACUGAAAAAAUCGAAAAACCCACUUCAGUCUGUUCCAGCCCUCGAUCAUCCGUCGAUGAUCACCAUAUAGUCGAGGACAUGCCUGUUCUCAAACGUGUCUUACAAGCACCCCCCUUGUAUGACACCAAUUCUCUCAUGGAUGAGGCCUACAAACCACACAAAAAAUUCAGAGCCUUAAGGAACAAAGAUUCGGCAGAAGCAGAACCAGUUGUCAUCAUGUCCCCGCAACCAGUGCAAUCUCAACUACAAAUGCAGCUCACGGCUGCUCCUCAAUCUACGUUGUCCAGUUCACACUCCAUGUUGGCCAGGUCGCUUAUGGAAGGUCCCAGGAUGACAGCGGAGCAAAUGAAAAGAACCGAAGUUAUUCACAACUUCAUAAUGAGAGGUGGUGAAUCUGCUUCACCUAUGGUAACAGCAGCACCCACAGCCUGUCCUUACAAGACAUCGAAUGGGUCGUUGCUGCAGCCUGCGUGGGCUACCAGUGUGAUAACAACUACUGCGCGCCAAAGUCAGAUGCACAACAGCCACACACCUCCCCCGCAGCACCAAGAUUACAGCCGGCUGUACCUGCAUCCGCAGCAGUCGCCACACUCGACUUCACCAGCUCCUCCACAGUCUAGAUCUCCCGCCAGUCCGCACUCAUCGUUACUAACGACGAUACCCAAAAUGGUAGAGCUGCAAGUUGAUAUAGCAGACUCACAGCAGCCUCUAAAUUUGUCCAAAAAGUCACCCUCCCCUUCACCGAGGCCGAUGAAGGUGGUGACUCUAGAAGUGUAAGACAGCCGUGGCGGUUUGUUUUUAAACCGCUUCGUGAGAUUAGUACAAAGUGGAGUGCACAUGCCCUGAGAGACUUUUUGCGACAGAGGACAUUAAGGUGCCACUUUUGAUCGUGUUACAAAAAACCAAAUAAUUUAUAAUUACUGUAUAUUCAGCCCUACUAUCUCUGUCUACAAAGCCACGGGAAAAAUGAUCCAAUUACCAAACGAACGAAAGUGAAAAUAUCGAUUUUGUGAAAUGUUCUUAGGGAAAAUUGUAAGAUUUAAAUAAAUUUUGUAAAGUUUGGCAACGUUGCACAACUUCGAUAUUCUUCGUCUUUCACAGUGAAAAUUCGUCGUAAAUCGGAUACUUUUUCCCGUCGCUGAUUUAUAUAUCUGUAUGUUGAUGUGUGCCCCUCAUGUUAUGUUGUAGUAGUAGUAGGGAAAAGCCCCAUUGGUGACGUCCCAGAUUCUCAUGUAAAGUAACUUCCGCCAUGUGUCGAGAGAGGGCGCGACCUUUUGUACAUAGCGGACCAAGAAACCACACUAGCGCCCUCUUUCUGACUCUCUGUCUAGUUAAGGUUUCAAACAAUCAAUCACUAAUUUAAAUACAUAGUUCCAUGUAAAUGACAAACAAAAAGAUCGAUGAAACUGGCAUCAGCACCCGAAUCAAUCCUACUAUAGAUUUAAUUAUUAUUGUUUAAUUAAUAUAUGUGAUACAUUGAUUUGUAGGUUUAUGAGAGGUCUUUCGGAAACGUCUUGCCCUGUUGCCUCGGUGUUUACGAACUAUUUUCAUCAUUUUUUAGCUUUGUUUUUAAAUAUCUGGAGGACUACACGAAAUUUUAGUCGAAAAUAUUAUGUUUAUUUUUGAUUUUAACUUCAAAAUAAACACAUUUUCAAUUAAAAUUGUGAUUAAUUACCAUUAAAUUUAGUAGAUAACGUACAAAUAUCACAAGAACAUAGUUUUAGAACCAAACUUUUGAAAUUUUGAAUUUUUUGACUGAAAAUAGUAGACAGCUUAUAUUUCAAUUCGUUUUGGAGGUGACCAGCAAACUAUCUACCAAUAUUUCGCUUACAUCGACGUCUACUUAAAACAGUUCGAAGUUUUAGAUCCGAAGAACUAAAGACUUGUACUGGAAUCAAGUUAUUGUAAACAACUCAAAUUCGUGUUUUCUAAAACUUGUAAAGCAUACGAACGAUGAAUUAGAAGAAGAUGAGGGGAAAUCUAAAAUUGCAUUCCACUACCUGUCUAUUCAUCUAGGUAAAAAUUCCAACGAAUCUUGGUUCCCUGUACUCAGAUGGGAGUAAAAUAGAAAAUGAAUUCAUUGAAAUUUAUUUCCUAUUACUUUUACUGCUAUCUGAGUACAGGCACAGAAGAUUCGUUGGCAUUUUUACCUAGACGAAUAGACGGGUAGUAGAAUGCAAUUUUAGAUUUCCCCUAGUCUUCUAGUUUAUCGUUCGUUUGUUUUGCAAGUUUUGGAAAUCCCGAAUUUGGGUUGUUUACCAGAACUCGGAUCCAGUUAGAAGUGUUUAGUUCUUGGGAUCUAAAACUUCGAAAUGUUUUAAUUAAUUUAUUUUUUGAGCAAAUUUUUUGAACGCCUUUGGCAACAUAGUGGACUGUAUCCGUUGUACUCUAUAUUUAUGAAUAUAAGUUUGUGUUUUGCGUAUCUCAGUUUGUAAAGAGACUCAUAAUCAUUAUCAUGGAAUCAUCUCAUCAUCCGCCUGUUUGUAUCACCACUGUUUCAUACCAUUUUAAGAUUAGUAUAUUAAGGCGUUCAAGGGAGAAUCGUGAGACUGAGGGGGGUAUGCGAUGCAUCCCAUCGUACUAAGGCCCGAUCAUUUUUUUUGUGUAAAUAUGAUGUCGGUCCGACUCACCUGUCUGUGUUGCGCCUCCCAUGUUUGUCUCCCUUUAUGCCGAAUAGAGAGGACGUGCAAUUCUGUUCCCAACCGAUUUUAGCCUAUUCUGGAUAGUAUUUAGACAAUUAUUGGAGUCAUACGAUCUAAAAAAAAACAUGUUUGGAAGAAAGAUCUCCUAUAGAUAAAUUUUUUUAUUUUUUUUUGUUUUUUAUUUAAAAAAUAUAUUCUCUCACCUUUCGAACUGCUUUAUUGCAAGUUAAAUUAACUUAUAAUACAGGGUGAGUUACUUGAUGUAUUGAUCUCUACUAAUUUUUACUUUUGGACGACCCUGUAUUACAAUUUUUCAAAUUGUUUUGUUUUUAAUAAAAAAUUGCUGUGAAUUAUAAUUUUCUUAUAAAUAAAUGAAUUAAAAGCAGUUAGAAAAAGUGAGAAGUAAAAUUUAGAAUAUUUAGGUACAAAAUAGUAAAUUAUAUCUCUAUUUAUAAUAUAUUCCUAAUUUAUUUUUGGACGACUAUUUGAUGGAAAUUUCCUCUUCCAAAUUUUCCCACAAACUAUUAUUAUGGCUCCAUUAACUGUUAUUUAUUUGUAUUUAUUUUUAUUUCUAUUGUUAAUAUUGUUUUCGGCGAUUGUUUUUGUGAUGGAUUCGGACUGGAGAUUUGCCCAGAGCGGAAAAUGCUUUGGGGGGGUCGCCGGUCUGGGUCGUAAACAAUUGUAUUUUUGUAAAUUGGGAGCUUGUUGAGGCCGACAGAAUAAACAUGUCUUGGUGAUAUUA